AUGGCAACACAUUCAUUUUGUCACUCAAUAUCCGAUUUCCCCAAGUUGCCAGACACUCCUUCAAAUAUAUCCAAUUUGCGCACACAAAAUCUGGAUACUAUUGAGCAUUUUGAACCCCUGCCCGAAGAACUAGGCAAAUUAAACAUCUUAAACAUCUUCGUCCAAAAUAAUCCGGAGAAUAUUAUCAAUAAUUUAGUCUUUUUAAUUUGGAUAUAUCUGCGCAGUCCUGAUAUAUUUCCUGAAAACCUACGGGUGAGAUUAGCCGAUAAACUAUAUUCUUAUGCCACCGAACAAGAAUAUAUAAAUCCAGACCUAGAGAAACAAUGA